AUGAAAGGCAGAACUAUUGGUGAGCUCGGUGACUCCGUCUCGCGCCUGACGUCGGCAUUGGAGAAAGAGCUUACUUCGAGGGGCUUGGAAUCUCCUACAGUCGAUGAUGAGACUCCCGGGAGCCUGUCUGAGAUUGAUCCCCAGGCAGCGCGGGAGCUUAUUGAAACUGUUAGAGAACUCGAGGUCCUCGUCCAGGGUCCUAGGCAGACGCUUGGACUUAUGGGCCUGCAGGUCCAUGAUUCGUCUAGUCUUGGAGCUGUCGUACUCUUCGACAUCCCGAACCUGGUCCCUCCGGGCGGCUCAUCGACCUACGCCGAACUAUCAGCAAAGUCGGGGCUCGACGAAGAUAGACUGACACGGAUCCUGCGCUACGCAAUGACGAACUUCAUCUUCCGCGAAGGGCCCGCAGGACAUGUUCGGCACACCGUCCUCUCGGCGCAUCUCACACAGUCACCCAGCUUUUGCGAUUUCCUGCGGACCAUCGCCCUGGUGUUCAACCCUGCCAACACCUGCUUGUCCAUUGCGUUGCAGCGGUUCCCGAAUACGCAGUCGAUGACGCAGACUGGGCACAGCGUCGCUCGACAUACGGAGCAGACUUUCUAUGACUGGCUGGACAAUAAUCCGGAUCUGCGCGAUAGCUUCGAUAGGGGUAUGGAGGGGAUUAGCCGUGGGGGACAGCGGCUUCAGGAUACCGAUUUGCGGGCGUACCCGUGGAAAGACCUUCCACGGCAUUCGAUAGUCGUGGAUGUGGGAGGCUCAGGAGGGCACUUUGCCCGCGACUUGGCGCAACUGCAUCCAGAGUUCACUAUCAUUGUGCAGGACCUGCCUCGCGUCAUAGAGGUCGCGCUGAAGGAGCGCCGCGGGAAAGGGGUCACCAAUGUGUCCUAUCAAGCGCACAGCUUCUUCGACGAGCAGCCCGUGAGAGGGGCAGAUGUCUACUUCAUGCGACACAUCUUCCACAACCACCCCGACACCGAAUGCGUCGCCAUCCUGAACGCCUUGCUGCCAGCGCUGAAGCCGGGCGCCAGGGUGCUAGUCAGCGAGUACAUAGUCCCUUCGGCAGAGAACGUCGAUCGCGAUCUUGGUUCCAAGGCAAUGAGGCGAGUCUCCUCCCACUCCCGCUUCGCCGGUACUUGA